AUGCUCAGAGCAUUAGGAUUCCUUUCACCCGGCCGGACAGUCACGGCAGAGGAGGGAACAAGGCACAUAGUGUUUGAAGCGCUGAAAUUAGAAAAGGCACUAAAAGCAAUGGACUACGUGCUAGAUGACCGGCCCAAAGAGGCAUUCCGGCUUUUAGAGGACCACGAUGAGGUGCCGAUCUCGCAGUUGGCGUACGGCGUGUGCGAAUUUUUGGAGGCAACACUCGGAUUCGAGGAGGAUACCAUGAAGCACGCCGCGGUAAUUUUGACCAAGGCGGAGGGCCUCGCGUGGAAAGAGAAGGGGUUCGCGGAGAAAAAUAGGCUACAGGGCUCGGAGAUUUACCCGGCAGGGACGGAGUACACCGUGGUGUAUGCGGAGGCGAAUCUCCUCAAUGCCCUCUUGAUGCUCAUGACCGAGAGCUUUGUUGAGCAAGCUAAGGCGUUGCUCAAACUCCGAAGAGCGUACCACGCGCUUGAUUCGAUUAGUAAAUCAAUGCAGAGGAUGAACAAGGGGGAAUUUACGACGGUUACGGAGGCGAUGCGGAACCUGGGGCUGCUAGGCAACGAGUCGACGCCGAAUUUGCAGUCGGACGGGUCGAGUUCGUCUACGCAGCGCUUUGCGGAUGUGCCGCACGGGUUGACGGAGCAGCAGCUGCAGGACCGCGAGGUGGUGGAAGGGCUCGAGCGCAUUUACCGGAUGAGGAAGGCGCGGAUCGCCGGGUCGCACAUUGGCAACCCUCCGGCGUACAAGGCGAUGAGGACGCAUUUAGGGAUGGGGGGCACGGGGGGAGACCUGGCUGAGAAGGCGCGCGGGGAGGCGCACGUGGAACAAAUGUACGGUGACCCGGAGAUCUCCAGCGUGGACGAGUACAUCCACUCCGGGGUGAAUCUCUGCUUCGGGAUCCUCCAGGUGGUGCUUUCUUUGCUCCCACCGGGAUUGGGCACAGUGCUUUCCGUGGUGGGGUUCAAGGGCUCGCGCGAGAAGGGACUCCGGAUGAUCUGGAAGGCGGCCCAGGAGAGAAACGUGCAGGGCGGAAUUGCAUUGCUUGCUCUUCUUGUUUUUUACGACGGGCCCUUUCAGUUUACGGAUGUUGCUUUUGAUCUUGCCCCAGUGAGGGGAGAAGGAGAGGUGAGUAUUGGAGAAAGAGAUGGGGAAAAUAAAAAUAUUGGAGAUACGAAUAUUAAGCGUAUUAAGGAUAAGAAUACUAAGAAUGGGCAUAUUAAGGAUAAGAAUACUAAGGAUGAGCAUAUUAAGGAUAAGAAUACUAAGGAUGUGAAUAUUCAAGGGGAUAGAAAUAAUGAAGGAGAAAGUAGUAAAGGAGAAAAUAAUGAGGGAGAAAAUGAUGGAGAAAAUGAGGGAGAAAGUAAUAAGGGAGAAGGUCAUGCAGGCAAUGAUAAAGAGGUCUUUAAUAUUAGGGAUCAAAAUGAUAAAAAUAAAAUCCCAAGCACAACCCCCUCUCCCUACAUCUCACAAAAAAUGGAACUCGAGCGAAAAGCCACAGCCGGCCAAGGUGAGCCAACAAUCCUUCACCCAGGCGACAGGCUCGUUCGCACGUUGCUCCACGCCCGGGCAAUCUUCCCCAGGAGCAACCUCUGGCUCUUGCAGGAGUCUCGGAUGCUUGCUGGCAGGGGCCGGCUCGAGGAGGCCGUGGAGCUCUUGGACUCGGCCAAGCCCAGCCAAAUGCGGCAGGUCGACGCGUUGAUGUUUUUCGACCGGUGCAUGCUUCUUGUUUUUUUGCACCGUUUCGACCGCGCCGCGAAAGAAUUUCUCCACCUCAUGGACGUGAACACCUACUCGCACGCCUUGUAUACAUAUUUUGCGGGCGCCUGCUACCUCGAGGCGUACCGCAUGUGCGAGACGGGGCUCUUGGUGCGGGGCCCGCACAUGCAGGACAGCGCCGACCCGGCCAAAAGGGACAAGUACCGCGAACUCGCCCGCAAGUACCUACUACAGGCGCCGGAGCUCGCGGGCAAGAAAACAUUCAUGGCGCAUAUCCCGCCGUUUGAAAAACUUAUUUGCCGCAAGCACCGCGAGGUGCAGCGCCGCGCUCGGCAGACCGGAAUGCCGUAUCUCGACUGCAUAGGCACGUCGCCCAUCCACGAGCUAGCCUAUUUCUGGGACGGGUACAACCGGAUGCCCGAGCAGGCUCUCCGUUUGUCCGUCAAGCUCCUCGGCUACACGGCAAGCCAGACCCUCGACCCGGACCUCGAUCUCCUCGAUUCUCGCACGGGCAAGCCCUACGCCCACUUUGACGAGCCCCGCGAGCAGUCGAUGAUGCGCCACACUUUGCAAGCUGUUUCCCUUCGCCGGCUCGGGCAAAUCCACCGGGGCAACCACAUUUUGGACCGCUAUGUCAUCAGGCACAUCUCGCUGUCCGGCCGCGUCGGCCCGGCGGAGAAGCUCCGUAAGCUCGAUGAGAACCCAUGGCUCUACCCCACUGCCUUGUACGAGAAGGCACUUUUCUGCUGGAAUAUCAACGGGGUCGGGGGGCUUGACGACAGUGUUGCCUGGUUGAGGAAGUCGCAGGAUUUCGGCGGAGACGAUUACGAGUUGAGCACCAGGAUCUCUAUGAAAACCAAGGCUGCGCUCGACCGCCUCGAGGACAUGCAGGUUUCCUGA